GGAAUGAGAUUCUAAUGUAGCCAACCUCAACAAGGCCACCAUCUUUUUCCGGCACGUCGUUCGUUAGUUUGGCAAGCAAGAUGCCUUUCACCAAGUUUGUUGAGACGGGCCGCGUGGUCUACAUCGCUAAGGGCCCUGAUGCCGGCAAGAUUGCUGCCAUCAUCGACAUCAUCGAUCAGAACAGGGCUUUGUUGGAUGGCCCUUGCACUGGUGUGCCUCGUCAAGCUCGCCGUUUCACCGAGUUGCAUUUGACAGGUCUUGUCACUAAAGUGACGCGAGGCUGCACAGAGCGAGCAUUGAGGCUUGCAUGGGAAGCAGACAAAAUCACUGACAAGUGGCUCGCUACAUCAUGGGCAAGAAGGAUUGAGAAGCGUGAGAAGAGGGCUAGCCUGAGUGAUCUGGAAAGAUUCAAGGUGGCUAGGGCUAAGCAAGCUCGCAACAAGAUGAUCCGCACUGCUUUCUUCGCCAUCCGCAACAGGAACACUACCGGUGCCAAGAAGGCCCACGCCCGUAUCUUGAAGCUGCGAGAGAAAUCUAAGGCUUACAACAAAGCCCAGAAAGCAGAGAAAAAAGCGAAUAAAGCAAAGAAAGCUUAAAUAUUUCCGUUAGUGUUAAAAUCAAUACACUACACUUGGGAAUGUUA